ACGUUUUAACCUGCCGUGUGCAAAACAAAAGCGGCGAACCUUUCAUUUGCCAUCAUAAACUUUCCAAGAAAUUAGCUAUAUGCCAUAUUCCAUUCCAAAAUAUUGCAUAAGGUUAAGCACAGAAGGUAAAAUGUAUUAUACAAAGUUUGGGGUCUGUGCAGUGCUUUGUUUCUGCUAACUGGACAAUACCAGGCUGUCAAGAAACUGGCGGAUAUUAAUAAAAACAUGAAAAAAAUAAUAUUUCGAUUCAGCAUCGCUUUCAUGUAUGGCUUAUGUGCUGAUGCUAUUGUUACCCAGCCCUGUACUGAGAGAGGACAAAAUUGCACUUUGUGUUUAAGUGAUGGGCAGUGUGGCUUUUGUGACUCAUGCGGUGAUCACUGUCAUCUGUCAAAUACAAUGCACUCAUGGGAAAAUUGCACGAGCUGUGCUCAAUGUAUACCUGGUACUUUAAUAGGACCAAAAAAAGGCCAUACAUGCAGGCAUGAAUGGUACUACUAUGAAAAAUGUCCAGAAGUUGUAAGUGCUAAAAAAACUGUUUACGUUGGCAUUGCUUUAUAUUUGAUGAAUUUGCAUUCUGUUGACAUGAAGGCUGGAACCUUCCAUGCUGAUUUUUAUUUAUAUUUUAAAGUUCCGCCUGGCCAGACACUUUAUACAAAGCAAAAAUGUAAAAAUGAGGGAUUGAAUGGGGCUUGUUUUGAUUUAGUCAAUGCUGCAGGAUCAGCAGAGGUAUCACUACACGAAGGCAAGUAUUUCAGAGUGAAGGGAAAGUUUAACUUUGCAGCUGACUUGUCUAACUUUCCUUUCGACAACCAAACAUUAAAGAUUGAGAUUCAGGACAUGGAGAUGACAGCAAAAGAACUGCGAUGGAGACUACUAGAGGGUGAUGUAGAUGAUAAUCGACCAUUUAAAUAUAAAAGUGGUAUUUCACCCACAUUGAAUUAUACUGGUUGGGUGUUUGAUUCAUACUCAUGGUCACAAAUAGUAUACGAAAGAUAUAACCCCUUCCUGGAUGAAGGUGUAUCACGAUAUGCAUUCAGGUUUCAUAUGGCGCGACCGAAAAGAGCAGCUUUUUUCAAGAUCUUUCUUCCACCUCUUUUCAUUGUUGUCGUUAUUUGUUUUGCAUUUGCCAUUCCUCCUAGUGAUGCCACCAUGAGAGUUUGGAUAGACGGUAACUUGUUGGUAUCUUGUGUCAUGUUUCAUUCAACAAUGAGUGAGCAAGCUCCUGAUACACAGGACGCAACGUUGGCAGAUAUGUUCUUAGUUGGCGUGUAUGGAUUUAUCUUCGUUUCGUUUAUGGUCAGCAUAAUAUUAUUAAAACUUCAAAGAAAGAAAUUGUUCCAAGCAGCAGAAACCUUCUAUCGCUACGCAGAAUGGAUGGUUUGGUUUACAGCGCCAACAUAUUUUCUUCUUUUGUAUUAUAUUCGAAUCUGUCUGUAUCACACCCUUCUUAUUGUACUUCUUCUUGCUUUCUCGGUUGCCGGUGGUAUAAAAGCUUGCACGUAUAUCAGGCCGGGCUGGUUUUCAUUCCAUGACGACACAAAGUCGCUCAACUCUCCAGAUACUCUUGAAAAUGUUGGCAGUGAGUUUUUAACCAGAGUGCCUAGACUACGAACAAAAAGUGUGUCAAAGAAAAGAAGCCAAACCUCUCAGUCACGCGGAAUGAAAGAUGAGGUUGGUCUGAAGAAUCAAAAACGUACGUGACCGAUGGUCAUUAAUUCUAGAUGUCAAUUUUCCCUUAAAAAAAUCAGAAUAAAAGAAGUAAAAAGAAAACAAGAUUUAUGUGAAUAUUUAUUUAUUAAUUUAUUUAUUUAUUUAUGCAAUUUUAAAUUAGAAUUUUUAGACACAUUUUUAAUUGGGAAAAUGUAAUUCGAUGAAUUUGUAUGAACAUUCAAUAAACCUAAAGGAUCAUAUUGUUAUAUGGAUAAAAACAAACGCAGAAUGUGGACCUUAUCCAAAUGUCUUUUUUCGAAACCUAUCUAGUUAUCCCUGGAAUGAUUUUAACUUUAGUAUAUUUUACCCCUUGUAAUUUGUUUCACAGACUUUUACAAAACAUGAAGGUAUUCGAACCCAUUAUCUUA